CAGAGAGCAGAAUGGCAGGGGCUCUGCUCGGUGCCCUGCUCCUCUUGGGGCUCCUUGGCAGAGGCCAGGGGAAGAAUGAGGAGCUGCGUCUCUAUCACCAUCUCUUCGACAACUAUGACCGAGAAAGCCGGCCAGUGAGGGAGCCUGAGGAUACUGUCACCAUCACCCUCAAGGUCACUCUGACCAACCUCAUCUCACUGAACGAGAAAGAGGAGACCCUCACUACCAGCGUCUGGAUUGGAAUCGAUUGGCAUGAUUACCGACUCAACUACAGCAAGGACGACUUUGGGGGCCUACACACCCUGCGGGUCCCUUCAGAACUCGUAUGGCUACCAGAGAUUGUGCUGGAAAACAACAUUGACGGCCAGUUCGGUGUGGCCUACGACGCCAACGUGAGGGUCUUUGAGGGCGGCUACGUGAGCUGGCUGCCCCCGGCCAUCUACCGCAGCACGUGCGCAGUGGAGGUCACCUACUUCCCCUUCGACUGGCAGAACUGCUCGCUUGUUUUCCGCUCUCAGACGUACAGCGCCGAAGAGGUGGCGAUCGUCUUCGCUGAGGACAGCGGCGAGCCCGUCAACAAGAUGGACAUUGACACUGAGGCCUUUACCGAGAACGGCGAGUGGGCCAUCGACUUCUGCCCCGGGGAGAUCCGCCGCCACCACGGUGGCCCCGCCGACGGCCCGGGGGAAACCGACGUCAUCUACACGCUCAUCAUCCGCCGCAAGCCGCUCUUCUACGUCAUCAACAUCAUCGUGCCCUGCGUGCUCAUCUCGGGCCUCGUGCUGCUCGCCUACUUCCUGCCGGCGCAGGCCGGCGGCCAGAAAUGCACCGUCUCCAUCAACGUCCUGCUCGCCCAGACCGUCUUCUUGUUCCUAAUUGCCCAGAAAAUCCCAGAAACGUCUCUGAGCGUGCCCCUGCUGGGCAGGUACCUUAUUUUCGUCAUGGUGGUGGCCACGCUCAUUGUCAUGAAUUGCGUCAUCGUGCUCAACGUGUCUUUGCGGACGCCCACCACUCACGCCACGUCCCCGCGGCUGCGCCACGUUUUGUUGGAGCUGCUGCCGCGCCUCCUGGGCUCGGGCUCGCCCCCCGAGACCCCGCGGGCCGCGGCGCCCCCUAGGCGGGCGUCGUCCGUGGGCAUACUGCUCCGCGCGGAGGAGCUGAUACUGAAAAAGCCGCGCAGCGAGCUCGUGUUUGAGGGGCAGAGGCACCGGCACGGGACCUGGACCGCAGCCCUCUGCCGGAGCCUGGGCGCCGCCGCCCCCGAGAUCCGCUGCUGUGUGGACGCCGUGAACUUCGUGGCUGAGAACACGCGAGACCAGGAGGCCGCUGGCGAGGAGGUGUCUGACUGGGUGCGCAUGGGGAAGGCCCUGGACAACGUCUGCUUCUGGGCCGCUCUGGUGCUCUUCAGCGUCGGCUCUGGCCUCAUCUUCCUCGGCGGCUACUUCAACCAAGUGCCUGAUCUCCCUUACCCGCCUUGUAUCUGACCAGAGUCCACACCGACCCCGACUUCCCCACCUUUCUCCAGUAGCAAAUAGAUUUUGAAAAAAGAGCCUGCCACCACCACUGUAUUAUGGUCCUCUCCCAGUACUGAUAAUAAAAUCUGUGUUUUGUGAACUUCCCAAGAGGAACUGCAUGUACCCAUGUGUGUGGGUCUGGCUCGGUCCUGGGGUCAGAAGUAGGGGGCAGACGGUUCAGGCGGGCUCUUGGGUGCCAAUCCUCCAGAAAGCGAGGAUUGCUCAAGUCAGCCUUGCUCAGGCUCAGCCCCAGGUGACUUGGGAGGCCUACGAGCUUCUAAGCUUUAUCCAUUUGAUCGCUAAACAGGAGGGACCCCUCUGCAGAACUUGCACAUAGGGAGGCUGGAGCCAGAGAGCCCUGGCCUUCUCUGGCCUGGUUCUGUUAGAGUGGGUGGGGACCACAUACCCUCACUGCAGGCUGCUCGUGGGCCCACAGGUUUAUGGCUGAGGAUGCCCUGGCCCUCCCUCAGUCCUUCCUUCUAGCUUUUUUUGGCCUAGCACUGUCCCCCCAACCCCCAUAAAGCCUCACUCAUUGCUGAUUCCACCCCACCCUGCCUCCUUCAUCCCAACUCUGCAGGCUCUUUGCAGGCUGGUAUCCAGGAU